CUCUGCCGUGUCAGGGCUCUGCCAGCACAAUGCCUGAAUGGCUGUGGAGCAGCUGAAGAAAGGUGAUGCCAGCCCCAGCGCACAGCCCCCUGUAUCCCCUUGCUUGUCCCCAGCUCCUGCCGACCCUGAGGUAUCCUGCUACCUGCUGGAUGUGCUUCAUGCCGUCCCAGCGAGGUACCUAUGUCCCUUGGAUGCCUCUGUGCCCGGGGCUGCUCCAGCCCUCCAGUAAAGUCCACAUCCCCCAGCCCCUCCACACAUCUGUAUGGUACUGCUCUGGGAUCAAGGAGACAUCCUGUGCAGACCCCACGUGCCCCUCAUGCAAGCUCAUGUCCAGGCCACCUGCCAGGGCCACCUGCCCAAGCAGGGACGGGGGUCUGGGCAGGGAUGCCCAUAGCCAGGAGUCACUGGACAGUGCCCAUGGAGCAUCCCAGGGGUGGCUGCCUGAAGGGAACAGCGAGCAGAUGGCAGGGCGGGCCGAGCUGACAAUCCCCUAAUCCCAUCAAUGCUGCGGGGGCUGACCAGAGCCGAGCUGGGCCAUGGCAGGCACCGGGGCACACGGGCACCUCCUGCACCCGCUGCUCCUCCAGGUGGGACUUGGGGUCUUGCGGGGCUGGGAGCAUGGCUGGGAGCGGGGAUGGGUGGCAAGGGUGUGCUGGGCCAGGCGUGGGAACAGUGCUGGCCCUUGGGAUCCCCACUGACCAUGCCCCUCCCCAGCUCUGCUGCAGUUGUCACGGGCUCCGUGUGUCCACGAGCACGCGGAUCCUCUACACGCUCCUGCAUGUCCUGGCCUCUGCCGUGUGCUGCCUCAUGCUGUCCCGCACUGUCGCCCAGACUAUCACCGAGAAGGUGCCCUUCUCAGUGGUGCUGUGCCAACACCUGCCCGGGGGCACAGACUGCGAGCAGCUGGUGGGCUCCUCGGCCGUGUACCGGGUCUGUUUUGGCACGGCCUGCUUCCACCUGGCACAGGCUGCCCUGCUGCUCAACGUGCGCUCCAGCUCUGACUGCCGUGCGCAGCUCCACAAUGGGUUCUGGUUCCUGAAGCUGCUGGUGCUGGUGGGCCUCUGGGCUGCCAGCUUCUUCAUUCCUGAGGACAACUUCAUCCAAGCCUGGCACUACACAGGUGUCUGUGGGGGCUUUGCCUUCAUCCUCAUCCAGCUGGUGCUGAUCACAGCCUUUGCACACACCUGGAACAAGAACUGGCUGACAGGCGCUGCACAGGACAAGCGCUGGUAUCUGGCUGUGCUGCUGGCCACGGCCACUUUCUACACCCUCGCCUCUGCCGCAUUCUCCUUCCUCUACAAGUUCUACACUCACCCAGCCGCCUGCCACCUCAACAAAGCACUGCUUGCCAUCAACGGCAGCCUCUGUGGCAUCAUGUCCUUCAUCUCCAUAACACCGUGUGUGCGGCUCAGUGAGUAUCACACAGCACAGCAUGGUGGGGGCUGCCAUGCUGCAUGGCCAGCUGCGUCCUGCGCUGAGGGUGACUGUGGGCCCCAGCUCAGGCCCAGCACUUGGGCACUGGAGGAGAAGCCAGCUCCCCAAGGUUGCCACUGGCCCUUCCUAUACCUUGGCACAAGGCAUUUGACAGGCAAGUGGCAGGAGGGGACUGCCCAGGGCCCACUCAGAGUCCCAGCCACCAUCUCAUGGCACUCCAGUAACACCUCUGUCCUCACUCUUGCAGGGCAGCCGCGGUCAGGGCUGCUGCAGUCCUCAAUCAUCAGCUGCUAUGUUAUGUACCUCACCUUCUCCGCACUGUCCAGCCGCCCCCCAGAGAGAGGUGGGUGUCCCUGUCCUCCACCAGCAGUCCCUGCUAUGGUGCAUCCUUCUCACCUCCACCUCCCUGCAGUGCUGUACAAGGGGCAGAACCUCACUGUCUGCUUCCCGGGGGUCCGGCAGGAUGAGCUGCAGACAGAGGACACCACGGUCGCCGUGCUGGGCGCUGCUAUCAUGUAUGCCUGCGUGCUCUUCGCAUGCAAUGAAGCCUCGUACCUUGCUGAGAUCUUUGGGCCCCUCUGGAUGGUCAAAGUCUACAGCUUUGAGUUUAAAGUGAGUAUGGAUGCAGCUGUGCUCCAUGUCCUCCUGCUACAGGCACCCCAGACCCACCACCUCAAGGCCCUGUCCCAGCCCCAGAGAGGGGCAGGUCUGUCAAGCCAAGCACAGAGGGCUGCCCACACCACCUGCCCUGGCAUCAGGCAGGGCUCAGCCUGGCCAUGGUGGCCACAGGGCUGGGCAGUCACCACUCUGCUCUCCCUGCAGAAACCUUCCUGUUGCUUCUGCUGCCCUGAGAAGAUGGAGGAGGAGCUGAGAGGAACGGACCAGACAUGUGAACGACUAGAGGAGAGUGCCAGGGGACAGUUCAUCAUCCAGGAUGAGCAGGACCGGGUGGUCUACAGCUACUCCGCCUUCCACUUUGUCUUCUUCCUUGCCUCACUCUAUGUUAUGAUGACACUCACCAACUGGUUCAGCUAUGAGAAUGCAGUGCUGGAGACCACCUUCACACAUGGCAGCUGGUCAACCUUCUGGGUGAAGGCAUCCUCGUGCUGGGCUUGUGUCCUGCUCUACCUGUGGCUGCUGCUGAGCCCCUUCUGCCUCCAUGGCUCCUCACAGCACCGGCACAAUACUACAGGGCCACGCAUCGUGCGGCGCCGACGCGCUCCACAGCGCAUCAACGUCUCCACAUAG